CUCGAGAUAUUUCUUUAAGCAUCUCUCUCUCCCUUAUUUGAUUUAUCUCUUCAUCCUCCUUUUCAUCGCCUUGAUCGUCUUUCUCUGAGUGCUCCUCCAUUGCCAUUGUGUAUCUCAAGUAGAGGAAUUCGCCAUUUCUGAAUUCGCUAGGAACAAGUGGGGUUUGGUAUCGGCGAGAUCGAGAGUGAGGAUUGAACCCUGGUCUUGGAAGGAGGAUGUCUUUUACGGGCACUCAACAGAAAUGCAAGGCUUGUGAGAAGACUGUGUAUCCUGUGGAGCUUUUGUCUGCUGACGGAGUUUCAUACCACAAGUCUUGCUUCAAAUGCACUCACUGUAAAAGCAGGCUUCAGCUGAGCAACUAUUCAUCCAUGGAAGGUGUGUUGUACUGUAAGCCUCACUUUGAGCAGCUGUUCAAGGAGACGGGCAGUUUUCACAAGAACUUCCAGUCACCUGCAAAGCCAGCCGAGAAGCCGACCCCUGAGCUGACAAGGACGCCUAGCAAAGUCGCCGGCAUGUUCUCCGGCACGCAAGAUAAAUGCACCACUUGCGGUAAAACCGUGUAUCCUCUAGAAAAGGUAACGGUGGAGAGCCAGUCGUACCACAAAUCGUGCUUCAAAUGCUCACACGGAGGAUGCCCAAUAUCGCCGUCAAACUACGCAGCACUGGAGGGAAUCCUCUACUGCAAGCACCAUUUCUCUCAGCUCUUCAAGGAGAAAGGAAGCUACAACCACCUCAUCAAAUCCGCCUCCAUCAAACGCACAGCCGCCGCAGCCGCAGCCGCAGCCGCAACCGCAACCGCCGCCCCUGAAUCUUGAAAACUCAAAUCGAGUCCGGACUGCUUUGCUUUGCGUGUCUAUCUGUGUUGGUGUGAGCAUAUAUAUAUAUACACAUAUAUGUAUGUAUGUACGUAUGUAUG